CUCAGUGCCGAGAUCAACGCUGCUUUGACGGCAACGAUGUGCCUUAGCCCUGAAAUCUUUUCGCAUUGUUACCGACUCUUGUGCCCGUGCAGGACCCUGAUGCAGCGAAUCGACGAGGGCGCUAGGCUGGCAAUGACAAAAGGUACGGCGAUUGUAGGUCUCGAAGGGCUCGCAUGCAAGGUCCCCGGGGCCUUCUAUCGCUUAGUCGCCCGCAGAAGUGUUGGGGAUCCAACAGCUAUUCCACCGCCAUAAAUUAUCCUCCCUGCCACCCGUCCUUUCUUCCCCAUCCUUUCCUGCUCCUUCCUCCCUACCUCCACCUCGUCAUUCACUUGAUCGCGGUGAAGCUUUCAGUCUUUGCUGGAGCGUUAGUUCCUUCAUCGGAAGCCGACCGGACCUCAUUUCUUGAGCCGCUAGUCCCUUCCCAUCGACUUGUUCGAUAACCUUUCGCUUUGCCUCCUACACCUUUUAUCGCUACCUCACAAUGCCUUCCCAUCAGCCCGUCGCUGGCGAGCAGGCCAUCGAUCCCGACUACGUCAAGCAGCCGUCCGCAAUGGCCAGCAAGUCGGAGCCAAACCGCAACCCCAAGUACGAUCCCAAGAAGCCACACAUCACCGACACGCCCAUUACAAAGGCAAACUGGUACAAGCACGUCAACUGGCUCAACGUCUACUUCAUCAUUGGCAUUCCCCUCGCCGGUUGCAUCGCUGCUUUCUGGACCCCCCUACAAUGGAAGACUGCUGUUUGGGCCGUCGUCUUCUACUUCUGGACUGGCCUGGGCAUCACAGCCGGAUACCAUCGUCUCUGGGCACACAAGUCGUACAACGCCUCUCUGCCUCUGAGCGUCUUCCUCGCGCUUGUGGGUGGCGGUGCCGUUGAGGGCUCCAUCCGCUGGUGGAGCCGCGACCACCGUGCUCACCACCGCUAUACCGACACCAACAAGGACCCCUACAGCGUUCGCAAGGGACUUUUGUACAGCCAUAUUGGCUGGAUGGUCAUGAAGCAGAACCCCAAGCGCAUCGGCCGCACCGACAUCACCGACUUGAACGAAGACCCCGUUGUUGUCUGGCAGCACAAGCACUACAUCAAGGUUGUCCUGUUCAUGGGCCUGAUAUUCCCAUCGGCUGUUGCUGGACUCUGCUGGGGCGACUGGAUGGGUGGUUUCAUCUACGCUGGUAUCCUCCGCAUCUUCUUCGUCCAACAGGCCACCUUCUGCGUUAACUCGCUUGCCCACUGGCUCGGUGACCAGCCCUUUGACGACCGCAACAGCCCCAGGGACCACGUCAUCACCGCCCUUGUCACUCUCGGUGAGGGUUACCACAACUUCCAUCACGAGUUCCCCUCCGACUACCGCAAUGCUAUCGAGUGGCACCAGUACGACCCCACCAAGUGGUCCAUCUGGCUUUGGAGCAAGCUCGGCCUCGCCUCCAACCUCAAGCAGUUCCGCUCCAACGAGAUUGAAAAGGGCCGUGUUCAGCAACUCCAGAAGAAGAUCGACCAGAAGCGCGCCAAGCUCGACUGGGGUGUUCCUCUUGAACAGCUUCCCGUCAUCGAGUGGGAGGACUACGUUGAGCAGGCUAAGAAUGGCCGUGGCCUGAUUGCUGUUGCCGGUGUGGUUCACGACGUCACCGACUUCAUCAAUGAGCACCCGGGAGGCAAGACCCUCAUCAAGAGUGGCAUUGGCAAGGAUGCUACGGCAAUGUUCAACGGUGGUGUCUACUUCCAUUCCAAUGCAGCACAUAAUCUUCUCUCCACCAUGAGGGUUGGCGUCAUUCGUGGCGGAUGCGAAGUUGAGAUCUGGAAGCGUGCCCAGAAGGAGAACAAGGAGGUGAACAUGGCCAAGGAUGACCAGGGUAACCCCAUCAUAAGGGCAGGCAACCAGAUCACCAAGGUUGCGCAACCCAUCGUCAGCGCUAGCGCAGCAUAGACGAUUGUCGGUUGAUUUAGCAAUGUUUGGCGUUUGGGAUGCCUUUUCCACCAUGAGUUGGCAUAAUAGUCUUUUACUUUCUCAGCGUUCGCUAGAGACCAUUAUGGAUGUAAUGUUCCACGAUUAGACGGAGUAUGCUUGUAGCCUUCAGAUUAGUGACACGCUC